CUCGCAACCGCAGCCCAGCCCCAGCCCGGGAGGAAGUUCUGUGGAGCGCUCUCCGCCGGUGCCUCUCGGGUUGUAUUGUUGAACAGGAAACAGGGCAGCGCGGGAGUCUGGCGGUGGCGGAGGGAAGCACCGGACGCCGAGUCCACGCGCGCCAGGCCCGGACAAGUGGAAGCAAAGCCGGCGGGAAGACGCCCUAAGCCCCAGCUUGGCUUGGUGUCUCCAGCCUCGCCCUCGGAAGUCCCGCCCGGGGAGAUGGUAGGAGCCGAACUCGCAGCCCACCGCCGGCUCCGCCCAUCCAGCCCAUGGGCUCCCUGAGGCCCGCCCAGCCAACGGACGUCGGGGGGCCGCGCGAUGGCGGCGGACGUGGAGGGGGACGUGUACGUGCUGGUGGAGCACCCCUUCGAGUACACGAGCAAGGACGGGCGCCGCGUCGCCAUUCAGCCCAACGAGCGCUACCGGCUGCUGCGGCGCAGCACCGAGCACUGGUGGCACGUGCGGCGCGAGCCCGGCGGCCGCCCCUUCUACCUGCCCGCGCAGUACGUGCGGGAGCUGCCCGCGCUCGGAGACCCGGCCCCCGCCCCGCCGCCGCCGCCGCCCACGGCCCAGCCGCGCCCCGCCGUCCCGGAGCCCCUAGCCUACGACUACCGCUUCGUGAGCGCGCACGCGCUCCCCGGCCCCGAGGGCACCCCGGCGGACCCCCGAGGCCGAGCCAGCUCCCUGGGUGGCCCCGCGCGACACCGCGCCGCCGCCGCCGCCGCCGCCGACGCGCGCAGCAGCCCCGCCCCGGGCCAGCCCUCCUGCCUCUACGUCCGGCCCCGGGCUCCGGUGCGGCCCGCGCAGUCCCUGGAUGACCUGGCGCGCCCGGGCGCCGCGCCCCCCGCAGGCCUCCUUGGGAGCAGCGGUCACGCCAAGGCCUGCAGCGUGGCGGGAUCCUGGGUGUGCCCGAGACCCCUGGCGCGCAGCGACUCGGAGAACGUCUACGAGGCCAUCCUGGACGUGCGCGGCCCGGGCCCGCCGCGGGACGAGAGCCCAAAGCAGGUGGAUGACCCCCCGGAGCCCGUGUACGCGAACAUAGGGCGGCAGCCGCGGGCCCCUUCCCCGCGCGCGGCCGCGGCCCCUCGCCCCAGCUCUGCGUGGGAGACGCACACGGACGUGGACAGCGGGCGCCCCUACUACUACAACCCGGACACGGGCGUGACCACCUGGGAGUCGCCCUUCGAGACCGCGGAGGGCGCCGCCAGCCCGGCCACCUCCCCGGCCUCGGUGGGCAGCCAGGAGAGCCUGGAGGCCGAGUGGGGCCAGUACUGGGAUGAGGAGAGCCGCAGGGUGUUCUUCUACAACCCGCUGACGGGGGAGACGGCCUGGGAGGACGAUCCCGAGGACGAUCCCGAGGACCCCCCGGAGGAGCUGGAGAUGCAGCCCUGCUUGAGUCCCGGCGGCGCCCGGGACCAGCGGCCCCCCACCCCUGAGACAGACUACCCCGAGUUGUUAACCAGUUACCCCGAAGAGGACUAUUCCCCCGUGGGCUCCUUCAGUGAGCCCAGCCUCGCCUCUCCCUUGAAUGCACCUCCUGGCUGGUCCUGUCACAUAGGCCCCGACAAGCAGAUGUUGUACACUAACCACUUCACCCAGGAACAGUGGGUGAGGUUGGAGGACCAGCAUGGGAAGCCAUACUUCUACAAGCCGGAGGACUCCUCUGUGCAGUGGGAGCUGCCCCAGGUCCCUGUCCCUGCCCCUCGAAGCAUCUGCAAAUCUAGUCAAGACAGUGACACCCUAGCCCAGGCCAGCCCUCCAGAGGAGAAGAUCAAGACUCUGGACAAGGCAGGGGUGCUCCAUCGCACCAAGACAGUGGAUAAAGGGAAGCGGCUCAGGAAGAAGCACUGGAGUGCCUCGUGGACUGUGCUGGAGGGUGGUGUCUUGACCUUCUUCAAGGACUCAAAGACCUCAGCUGCAGGCGGCCUGAGGCAGCCCUCCAAGCUCUCCACCCCCGAGUACACAGUGGAGCUGAAGGGGGCCUCUCUCUCCUGGGCCCGCAAAGACAAAUCCAGCAAGAAGAAUGUGCUGGAGCUACGGAGCCGAGAUGGCUCGGAGUACCUGAUCCAGCAUGACUCAGAAGCCAUCAUCAGCACCUGGCACAAGGCCAUCAGCCAGGGCAUCGAGGAGCUGUCCGCAGACCUGGCCCUGGGUGAGGAGAGCGAGACGUGCAGCGCGGACUUCGGCUCCAGCGAGCGCCUGGGCAGCUGGCGAGAGGAGGACUCGCGGCCGAGCGCAGCCUCCCCCGCGCUGAGCCCCGCGGGCCUGGAGAGCGACCUGAGCCGGGUCCGGCACAAGCUCCGCAAGUUCCUCCAGAGGAGGCCCACCAUGCAGUCGCUGCGGGAGAAGGGCUACAUCAAAGACCAGGUGUUCGGCUGUGCGCUGGCCGCGCUGUGUGAGCGGGAGCGGAGCCCGGUACCGCGCUUCGUGCAGCAGUGCAUCCGCACCGUGGAGGCCCGGGGACUGGACAUUGACGGGCUGUACCGCAUCAGCGGAAACCUGGCCACGAUCCAGAAGCUGCGCUAUAAGGUGGACCACGAUGAGCGCCUGGACCUGGACGACGGGCGCUGGGAGGAUGUGCAUGUCAUCACCGGCGCCCUGAAGCUCUUCUUCCGGGAGCUCCCCGAGCCCCUCUUCCCCUUCUCCCACUUCGGCCAGUUCAUCGCGGCCAUCAAGUUGCAGGACCCGGCGCAGCGCAGCCGCUGUGUGCGCGACCUGGUGCGCACCCUGCCCGCCCCCAACCACGACACGCUGCGGCUUCUCUUCCAGCACCUGUGCAGGGUGAUCGAACACGGGGAGCAGAACCGCAUGUCGGUGCAGAGCGUGGCCAUUGUGUUCGGGCCCACGCUGCUGCGGCCCGAGACGGAGGAGGCCAGCAUGCCCAUGACCAUGGUGUUCCAGAACCAGGUGGUGGAGCUCAUCCUGCAGCAGUGCUCCGACAUCUUCCCGCCGCCCUGACCGCACGACGGGGCCCCUCGGGCAGGCGGGAGGGCAGGGCGACCCCUGGUGGGCAGUUCGUGAACUGUGAUUCAUUCCCCCCCCCCCACACACACACAUCCCCAAGGUGGGACUCCUUAGGUUCCGUGUUGUUUUUUUUUUACCAUAGCGCCAUCUACUGUGCAAGUGGGACGAUGCAAGAGGGCUGGGUUUUGUUUUGGUCUGUUUUUAUUUUGUUUUCUGGGGCAGCUGUUGGGAGGAGGAAUUCAAUGAGGGGCUUCUUGGCUUUCACCAAUCCAGACCCUCAUGAAGCAGCUAACAACAACAUGCCUGCUGCAGGCAGGACUUGACCCUGACCUCUGGCCCAGGAUGCUGCUGAACCUGCCUUCCUCCAGCCUCAGGAAAGGCAGAUGCGCCCAGGCCUCCUUCCCUAAGCCACUGGUUUGUCUG